CCCAAACUCUGCUUCAUCGAGACCAGAAAAAUAUCGCCUCUCACGCAAAGGGUGUGGCCAGUGCGGGUCGGCCACCUCCCUGCUAGCACCAACGAAGUACAAGAACUUUUUGCUCUGCAGAAUGCAGCUCUAGCACAAUCAUGUGACCAGGGCGGGGUUGCUUUGCCGACUAGGCAACCUUCACCGACAGCAGAGGAAACCUCGCUGUGACAACAACAGCAGCCCUAUCACAUCGCUCAGCAUAACUAUCCAAACCACACGAGUUCAAGUCUCUAGAUACCAUGAUAUUGUCAUGUCUCAGUACCAUUACUCUCCGCUUUCAUCGCCGCGUGACAGUAUUCGCCUGCUUCGCCUAAUGCCACACGAAGACGAAACGGCUGACAUACAAUGCGAGCUCUUUGAAUACUCUCUACAGAACUCGUGCAAAGGAACUCAUCCGUACGAUGCUCUAUCCUAUGUAUGGGGGGAUCCAUACGAGAAGCUGCCUAUCUUCAUACAUGGACAUAGCUUCCAUGUCACGGUCAACCUUCGCGCGGCGCUUUCACAUCUUCGGAAUCACUCUAUUGAACGAAUCCUAUGGGUAGAUGCUAUUUGCAUUCACCAAGAAAAUCUGGAAGAGAAGGAAAAUCAGAUUCAGGCCAUGGCGAAGAUCUAUGGUCAAGCAAACCGUGUAGUUGUUUGGCUUGGAGAGGCGGCAGACGAUAGCGACCUAGCAUUUGAAGAGAUACGCGUUGCUGGACACAAGAAGGCUACAAACUCUCUAGGCAGCAAAAGGAUCCAGCAAGCAGUCCUCGCGCUGCUUCAACGACCGUGGUUUCGUCGCAUCUGGAUACUUCAGGAAGUUGCCGCAGCCCGACAUGUCCUGAUUUUAUGUGGGUUCAAGAAGAUUGACGGAUAUGCCUUCUGCUUGGGUGUUGAUUCAUUGAAGAAUAUCUACGAAGCUCGCCAAGACUUGCAGGGUUUGAUCCGUUCAGUAACCUACCUAAUCAGAGAAGCAAUCUUCAGGCCGGACUACUUGACGGGUAAUUCUGGACAGUCAUCUUUGGAUAUAUGUCCAUUAGGUGAGCUGAUAGACAUGUAUCAUGCCCAUGGGGCCACCAAACGCCACGAUAAGGUGUAUGCCUUGCUCGGCAUGAGCUCGGAUGAUCUCAGCAAAGUUGACCUGUUGCCUGACUACAGAGUUCCAUGGGAGAAGCUCUUCCAGCGACUUGCCAAGUAUCUUCUCCCUAAAAAUAUAUCUGUCGAGACUUGGGCCGAUAAGGAGAUCGCAGUAAUCAAGAGCAAGGGCUGUAUUCUUGGCAAAAUUUCCUCUGUACGGAGUAAUAUUGGUUGGAAUGGUGGACAGGACGUGGAUGUUAUUUCGAGGAACAUAUCGGGCGCACCAGGACUCACAGGAGAGUGGAGCAGCCACUGGACUCUCCAUCCUUCAGCAAAAUCUAUUAUGAUAGGAGAUGUCAUUUGCUAUCUUCAAGGAGCCUCUAAACCUACAAUCGUUAGGGUUUGUAAGGAUUAUUGGGCAAUUGUCAUAAUUGCAGCCACUCCUCCGCACACUAUAAGAAUGAGGAAUGAAGAUGUUGAAUUUCCAUUCUUUUUACAAUUGGCAAAACUCCGUACCCGCAAUCUUCAGUUCAUCUGGAACUGGGAAAACUCACUAUGGAAACUGCAAGGUCAAGAAGAAUAUGAAGAGUCAGAAGUCUGCUUGGACAAAGUACUCAGCUCAUGGAACUCUGCACUUGUAUUGGGAGAUCUAGAAGAGUAUAAAAGGGCAGAAGAGAAGUUUCGAGAAGCAAUGGAGGGCUAUGAAAUGGUAUUCGGAAAAGAAAAUAUACAUGACACGGUAGCCGAACGAUUACCCUUGGCAGACGGUGCCGAUCUAGACUUAAUGAAUAGUCGAUACAGUCGGCCGAGUCGGCCGCCGCUAUCGUGGGCAGCGGAGAGAGGGCAUAAAGCUGUAGUCGAGCUCCUGCUUAGGACGGAGAAGGCUAACGUUAACCUUGAGGACAUGGACGGUCAAACACCGCUCUCACUGGCAGCAGUGGGAGGCCACCUCGCGAUCGUGGAACGGCUGCUCCAAGAGAAGGCAAAGGUCAAUCCAGCAGCAGGAUAUUUCGUCAGAACAGCACUCCAGGCGGCGGCAGGAGGAGGCCAUCUUGCGGUCGUAGAAGCGGCUGCUCCAAGAAAAGGCAGAGGUCAAUAAUGCAGUAGCAGCAGGAUAUAACGGCAGAACAGCACUCCAAGCGGCAGCAGAAGGAGGCCAUCUUGCGGUUGUAGAGCGGCUUCGGCAAUUAGGGGGCUACUAACUAUACACCCCCUUCUAGCUCCACGCACACCCCUUUUUCAUUCCACGCACACCCCCCUCCUCUUAGCGCUUCACGACCUUCUAAUUAGCUUAGAGAGCCCGGAGCUUCCUCUGGGCAUUUACCUUUAUAUCUCUCUACACGUGAUGCUAUAUACAAGGCGGUAUAUAAUGCUAUAUAUAAGGCGGUAUAUAAUUCUAUAUAUAAGAAUGCUAUAUAUAAGGC